CGGUUGGGGGUGAGGGGAGGAAGACAUGCUGUGGAAACAAGUCACAGUAAAAACUGUUAUCAUUACGGCAGCUGUACUGUAAGCUUUAUUAUGCUGCCAGUACUGUAGUUUUACAUAGAACCUGGUCACAGUGUAGGAGUAUCGAGUGUAAACUCAGUUAUAUGAUCCAUCACUGCCUUCUCGUGCUAGCAGCUGUUUGAUGGACUACUCAGUCUCUGUGGUGGCCAAAAUACAUCACAUUGUAAUAUUAAUAUGAAUUCUAGUCCUUGAAAUUUAUCUUUUUUUCAUGUAAAAAAAAGCUGAUAAACAAUAACAAGCCAUGCUUGAAGACCCACGCUACCAAAUAUACACGUAUAGCACUUUAUCUUCUUGCAUUGUGAAUUCUGGCUGAGUGUUUACAGGCCUGGCAUGUGCUCUCCUGAGGCGUCUUCUGUUGAGCAUCACAGAAUCCUCCCCCUAGAACAGCGCUCACAACAUCGAUCUGAAUACAGAGGAAAGGAACUCAGAGCUGUGCAACAUUUUUGGAGUCACGCUGAUUUAAAAAAAAAAAAAAACUAAACUAAAAAAACAAGUUUUGCAGAGUUUUCACCAAAAAAUUGUUAAAAAUGUUCCCACAUAAGUCCGCUGCAUUUAGCAUGUGGGCAGGCUGCUGGCUUGGUGUCUGUGCGACUUUUUUAAAGUGCUGGCAGUCGCCCUGCGCAUGUGUCAUUUGUGUUGUCUUAGUCAGCACCUUCUGCUCCAGCUUGUGCUUUUUAAACUCAAGUUGUUGUUCUUCUUCUUCCACGCACCGACACCUGGGACAGGUGCUGGUGUAAGAGAGGCGGCCUCAUUGAUUAAGAGAUUUGAGUUUCCUUUAUGUGCAAGCAGAAACCGUGAGGUGAUUUUACACCCAGCAUGCUCAUCAAAGCAAAGAUAAAAGAAAGAAAAUCAAUGAUUCCCUCUGUACAUGUUCCCUGUGUACAUACAGCAUCAUAAUAACAUUCAUGUCACAGUGCUGCCCUCUGCUGGGCAAAUAAGAAAAGCAAAAACAUUUCCAGGCUGUCAUCGUGGAGAAAACUGCACAUGGUGAUCCAGCUUUUAUCUCCCAUGAAUUUUUUACGGGCAGGCGCGCAAUCAAUCUCAAUACGACACACACAUUCAAUUAAAUGCAUUAAUUAAAAUGUGUGUGUGUGUGUAGUAGCAAGAAAAGGUAGGUCAGCAGGAGGGGUAGCUGCUUAAUGGCUUAUCAGGACCCUGGCUAGACUGUGUGUGUGUGUGUGUGUGUGUGUUUGUUUGUGUGUGUGUGUGUGUGGCCAGCGGUUACUGAGCCAUUGACCUAAUUUUUGGCUGAAGACUGAGAGUCGAGGUUUACAGUCACGCACUCCUCAUAUCACACGCGGUCGACUGAUUUUCUGUUUCUCUUUCAUAAACCUUUUUUCCCCCACGCUGAACCUCUCAGACGUAAUUAUUGUCCAGUCCAGAGUCUGAAUGCUUUUUUACUUCUUUGCCAUUUUUCUGAUCGUCCCCGUCAAGCCUAUUGAACCGCCCGUGUUAUUCUCCAUGCACCUUCUGCCCCCGACUCUAUUGAUCAAAGGGCUCCAGUAAGAGGACGUCCUCUGAAACCCCCCACCCCCACCUCGUCAGUCUACUACAAAUCUCUCACACACCAUCUCUCCUUCUCUCUCUCCUUCUUACCAAACUGUUCCCAAGAUGAGGUUUAGGGAGUGUUACUUUUAGGAGCGUGACUUCCUCACAAGGCAAUGAAGCUGCGCUCCUUCUGCCUGGACAUUUUUCAUCUGACUUCACAUUCAGAUUUUACCGGUCACAGACUGCACGGCAGCCAGAGGUGCAGCGGGUGCGAGGCUGCUCUCGGGUCAGAGCAAACCCGUGGCCAUGGAUGUGGAUGAGGAAGAGAAUAUGAGUUCAAGCAGCACCGACGUAAAGGAAAACCGAAACCUGGACAACGUGUCCUGCAAAGACGGGGUGGGAGUGGCUGAACAGCUCCCUAAUGGCAGUGGCCUGGGCAGUCGAAAGCGACCGCUAGAAGAGGGAAACAAUGGCCACACGCAUUCCAAGUUCCGGGCUAAGAAGCGCAAGAAAACACCGGGCCCGGUCCUGCCCAAGAACGCUCUGAUGCAGCUGAAUGAAAUCAAACCAGGUCUACAGUACAAACUGCUGUCUCAGACAGGCCCGGUGCAUGCGCCAGUGUUUGUCAUGACCGUGGAGGUCAAUGGACAGAUGUUUGAAGGCAUGGGCCCAACAAAGAAGAAGGCUAAGCUAAACGCAGCUGAGAAAGCGCUGCGUUCCUUCGUCCAGUUCCCCAACGCUUCAGAGGCGCAUCUGGCCAUGGGCCGAACACUGACAGUGAACACAGACUUUACAUCGGAUCAAGCUGACUUCCCCGACAUGCUCUUCAACGGCUUUGAGACGCCAGCCGCGCCAGAAGAAUCCUUCUAUCUGGGCUCCAACGGUAGCAGCUCCCUAAACUCACUAGGGGAGUAUCCACUGCCCACACCACCUGGCAGUAUCCUUGUCCAGCCCCCACUGCCCCCUCCAUCUGCAUUCAGCUCGCCCUCCAGUGGCAAAAACCCAGUCAUGAUCCUCAAUGAGCUUAGGCCGGGUCUCAAAUAUGACUUUGUCUCAGAGAGCGGUGAGAGUCACGCCAAGAAUUUUGUGAUGUCAGUAACAGUGGAUUCACAGACAUUUGAAGGAUCAGGGCGCAACAAGAAGCUGGCUAAAGCCCGGGCAGCGCAAGCCGCCCUGUCUGCACUGUUCAACAUGCAGCUAGACCAGACACCAUCUCGGCAACCCAUACCAAGAGAGGGAUUGCAGCUUCACCUACCCCAGGUUCUGGCUGAUGCGGUCUCUCGCCUGGUUGUGGAUAAGUUCAGUGAGCUGACAGACAACUUUACGUCCCCGCACGCACGGCGAAAAGUGCUGGCAGGCGUCGUCAUGACAACAGGCACAGAUGUGAAGGAAGCACAGGUCAUUUGUGUCUCCACGGGAACCAAAUGCAUCAACGGUGAGUACAUGAGUGACCGCGGCCUGGCACUCAAUGACUGCCACGCUGAGAUAAUUGCCCGACGCUCGCUCAUCAGGUACCUCUACACUCAGCUGGAGUUCUUCCUCAGCAACAACAAGGAGGACUACCACAAAUCAAUAUUUGUGCUGUGUGACAAGGGAGGCUACAGGUUAAAGGAUAACGUUCAGUUCCACCUCUACAUCAGCACCUCUCCCUGUGGAGAUGCCAGGAUUUUCUCUCCACACGAGGCCGGAGUGGAAGACCAAGGAGACAGACAUCCUAACCGGAAAGCGCGCGGUCAGCUGAGGACCAAAAUCGAGUCCGGGGAGGGCACCAUCCCUGUAAGGUCCAGCAACACCAUCCAGACCUGGGACGGUGUUCUUCAAGGGGAGCGAUUACUCACCAUGUCCUGCAGUGACAAGAUUGCGAGGUGGAACGUGGUGGGCAUCCAGGGCUCCUUGAUGAGCUACUUCACAGAGCCAAUCUACUUCUCCAGCAUAAUCCUGGGCAGCCUUUACCAUGCUGACCACCUCUCCAGGGCCAUGUACCAGCGCAUCGCAGAUAUCGAAGACCUGCCCCAGCAGUUCACCCUCAACAGGCCUCUUCUCAGCGGUAUAAGUAAUGCUGAAGCCAGGCAGCCAGGCAAGGCUCCAAACUUCAGUGUGAACUGGACGGUGGGUGACCAGGCCCUGGAGGUGAUCAACGCAACCACGGGCAAGGACGACAUGGGCCGCGCCUCACGGCUCUGCAAACACGCACUCUACAGCCGCUGGGUGCGCCUUCACUCCAAGCUGUCGUCCAUCUUGCGGAUCAAGGUGUCGAAGCCGAGCUCUUACCACGAAGCAAAGCAGGCGGCCACAGAGUACCACUCUGCCAAGCAGGCGCUCAUCAAGGCCUUCCACAAGGCCGGCUUGGGGGCUUGGGUCAAAAAGCCCAUCGAGCAAGACCAGUUCACCCUCAGCUCCUGAGGGAGUCGAGGGAUUCCUUAACCACCCCCUCCUCUUUCCCUGACCCAGGCCUGAGAGAGCCCCCGUAUUAACAAGCAGACACUUACUUCCGUCCCAUGUGUCAGCACGCACGUGCACUUUGUAUUUGUGGAAAUGAACGUGCGCCGUUUCACAAACCAUCCGUAACUCAUCAUUCUCAUUCCUCAGAGGACAUCAGCCUCGUGUCUUUGAUUUAACUUUUUACUUUGAUUUUACUGUGUAAAACUGGAAUCCAUGUUUUGUUUUUUCGUUUAACACGCACCCAUUUGUUUCCCAGAGAAAUCAUGUUCUUAUGGCGUAGAUGUGGAAGCUGAAAUUAUACCGUUCUGUCUUGUUGAUCAAUGAGUAGCUAAUUUAGGUCGGAAUGUAGCCUAGAAACGGGAUCUUUGUUGACUAAAACCAAUGUAUAUGGACCUAAAACAAUAUAUAUCUUUGCUAAAAUUAAUGACACUGACAAAUUUUAAUUUAAUUAUGCAUAAAUCUUCAAGAUGUAAAUCUAGUGCUGAGAAAAACAUAAGCGUUGUAACGUUUAAUGUGUGUUAUUUGGUCCGUUCCUUAGCUGAGACUACGUGUUCUUAUCCUCUGGAUUAAAGAUACAAAUGUUACAAAAUGUUGUCGCCCUGUUUGAGUCACUGACUGGAAAGAGUUUAUAAGGCAGGUGUGACAGCGUCGUAGCGCUCUUUCCUUUAUUUUUAUGUCGUGUUCAUUCAUCUGUGCGUAUGAUUUUUAAGUUAUUUUAUGUCACUCUCAUUUCAUACUUGAACAGAUGCGAGGGAGGGGUGAGGGUCACGUUGACUGCCCCCCCCCCACCCCUCGCCUGGGUCUUGGGAGAAGCUUUGGGAGGUGCUGCACGUUGUAUUUUUUUCUUGAUCCAAGCCAUGGCUUUGCAUGGAAACUGAACUUAGAGGCCUGCAGAGCGGAAAACGUAGGAUGGGGAGCCCCGUGCGUCCGUCGGCGAAUGAUGUUGAAUGAAUGCCAGCAUCUUCCUCCACAGGCAGCUUUGAAUCUUUGUCUCUAUUUUCUAGAUUUCUUGUGAUUGAUUGUUUGAUUUUUGAGGGAAGGGGGGGAUGGGAACAAUUAUUUUUUUCACCCUUAGGCAUUUGAGGACUGGGGCUAAUGCCACAGUGAACAUAGCGAUAGUAUAACGGACCUCUCAGAUCUUGUAAUUAUGUCAUUUUGUUGCAGGGAACAAUGAUGGCUGACAGAUGACAUGGUAUAUAUGUACUGUAGCAGCACAUACAGUAUAUCACUAGAUGCAAUCCCUCCACAUUAUUGUGUGCGGAAUCAGCUAGAUGAACAGCAGAGUAAAAUGCAACCCCUGCAUGAGAAGACUCAGAAGUCGUAUGCUAAAAUGUAUCACAGUGUGAUGUCAUGUUCAUCCUCGUCCUCUCUACGCCCAGUUAAGAAACAUGUUAGCUGCAUAUUCCAUGUUGUGAAUUAACUCGAUUCCUGUACACCCCGAGUGCAUAAAUGUCCUCAUGUUUUCAAUUUGUAAAUGAGGAUGUUUUCCCGCGGUGACUUCCUAUUUCCAGCUGCGGGAAAUUUCUAUGUGCGGGUGUGCGUGCAAUUAAUGUGUGUGCUCAGGUUGUCUUUAAGCAUAUUCCUGUCAGAUUUUCACCAAAGAUGAUGAUGUCCAUGUGUGUUUCUGCCCCAGUGUUUUCCUUUUCUUUUUCAAAUAUCUAACAUCGUGGCAUCGACCCUUUACUGUCCGGUCUUUUGCAUACCCGCACAACAAUGUACUACUUUUACUUUGUACAAAAACGAUGUGCUCGAUUCAAAGUGGGAGAAAUACAAAUGUCAGGCUUCUUUAGUGCAUCUGUAGCUGUCAAUCAGUGAUCAUGUGUAUAUUGUGAGCUGCGAUCAUUAUUGCUGCAAAAUACUAGUUCUGUGUAAAUAAGGAGCAACAAAGGCAACACGUCUUCUGACCUGUACAAUCGAUUCAUCCUCAAGAACAAAAAAAACCCAAAAUGUUUUGAUCCCUCCUCUGUUGCCGAGAUUGUGAAGAUGUUACUGUUGCUAAGUAAGUAUUUGUGAUUCUGUGUCACUCACUGGGCACCAUAAAGCAUGGCACUAACACUGCCGGGGUCAACAUGCUUCAUCCCCAUUGUAGCCACCCAUGUUUUAAAAAAAAAUAUGCACUGUAAAGUGCCUAAGCUCAAAGUGGCAUCCACCAGCUGGCACGUGUGAUGUCAUGUAUGUACCUUUCACUUAUACUUGGUUGUUUUUGGGGGUAUUUUUGUUUGUUUGUUUUUAGUCAGUAUUUAAAAAGCAGGAAGCGGGGACUCCCAGAGUAGAGUUAAAGUUAAAAAAAAAAACUUAAAAAGUAUCCAGUGCCCCCCCGACAAACAGAUCCAGACCAAAGUCUCGAGCAAUACUGAUAAUAUCUCCUGUAACGUCAGGCCAAAACCAACAAGAGUGUCGAGUUUUCCUCCCCUUCUGCUCCUUCGGUUUUCUGUUGGUGUUCUUCGUUUAUUCUAAACUGCAAAGAUUUUUUAAUAUAGAUAUUUCCCCCUGCUUGUUGGAUUUUGUUUUCAUUUUUAACUGCACUAAAGAUGUCAACAGAUGAUGUCAUGAUCUCUCUCUCUAUACAUAUAUAUAUAUAUAUAUGUAUAUAUAUUUAAAAAAAGACAAAGUCCCCAUUUAUGGAUUAGAUGGAUCAAACUAUCUGCAAGAACUGAACUGCUUCUGCUUAACCCUUUGUGAAUCCUCAAUGAUGGUCAGUGCACACCCUCCACCCCACCCCUUCUGCAGCUGCACCCAUUGGUGGGGUUCUUUUUUAUUUAUUUGUUAUAAUUAUUAUUAUUAUGUUUCUUUUGUUUGGUGACUCCAGAUCGGUCAGUGUUUGUUAACUGAUUUCCAGAGCCACUGCUCUCCGUUCUUCUCCUUCUGCAGUUGUCCAAUGUGUGAAACCCUCCCCUGACAAAAACUACAACUUUGCAUGUACUACCAACACUGAAGCUGCACCUAGCAUGAUGACAAACUUUUAAAGGACUCGUGUAGAAAAAAAAGAGUUAACAGCUAAAGAUAGAUAUAUAAAGUGAACAAAAAAGAAUAAAAGAGUUCUUAGUUUACUUUU